AUUCAGACACGUGUCGGAUUGUGUCAGAGGAAUCUUGAUUUCAGACAUGUGGUUUAGCGUGAGGUGUUUAUAUAUUAAAAUUUAUGAACUGCGCUAGUUCUGGAAGAACUUGGUGUGGUCGAGUCGAGUUCAUUAAUUUUACUAGGACCUUGUUGGGCAACGAAGAGAUAUUAUCGGGCUGGUAAAGGAAAUGGGUUUACUUGAAGUUUGAUCCUGCUGAUAAUGUCACGAGCGUUUCAAACAAGACACCAUGAGAAGACUUCCUGUAAGUUAGCACCGCUCCUAAUCGCCUUCCUCGGCCUCAUGGGCAUCUUCGGCGGAAUUUUCGCCCUAGUCAUCCGUCCCUACGACUUUCUCUUCAAAUGGAAAUGCGUCCUGUCCGAGGGCGGCGAGAUCUUCGAGCUCUGGAAGAGCCCCCCCGUGGACCUCUACCUGCGGGUGUACCUGUGGAACGUGACCAACAAGGAGGAGUUCCUCAGCGGCCGCGACGACAAGCUGCGGGUGCAGGACGUGGGCCCCUACGUCUACAAGGAGCUCUUUGUUCACUCCAACGUCUCCUUCAACGACAACGGCACCAUCAACGCCGUCCCCCGCCACCCCCUCGUCUGGGUACCGGAACUCAGCGAGGGCCGCCGCGAGGACGACCUGCUCAUCCUGCCCAACAUAGCAUUACUGAGCAUCGCCCAUGUGGUCUCCGACGAGUCGUACUUCACCAGGGUCGGACUCAACCUGCUGAUCAGACAGACCAAAACCGAGGCGCUGAUCCAGAUGACCGCGAAGGAGUUCAUGUUCGGGUACAGCAGCACGCUGAUGACGUUGGGCAACAAGUUCAUGCCGAGCUGGAUCACCUUCGACAAGCUGGGUUUGAUCGAUCGGAUGUAUGAUUUCGAGGGGGACUACGAGACGGUGUACACGGGUGAAGACGACGUGCGGAAAAGCGGGCUUUUGGACACUUACAGAGGGUCGACGAAGAUCCCGCAGUGGGAUAACCCGUGCGGGAACAUCAGAGGGGCUUCGGAUGGUACUAAAUUCCCUGGGUUCAUCCAACCCAACGACACGCUGCUCUUCUUCAGGAAGAGCAUGUGCAGAGCGAAGACUCUGGUCAAGGUGGGCGAGCAAGUGAUCAACGGGCUGGAGACCUACGUGUACAACUUCCAGGAGGACGCCGACGAUAACGGGGUCAACAACACGGCGAACAAGUGCUUCUGUAAGGACCAGAAUCGGUGUCUACCGCCUGGGUUAUUAGACGUGCGCGGGUGCUACUACGGGUUCCCCAUAGCCCUCAGCUACCCCCACUUCUACGGAGGCGACCCCAUCCUGAACGCCAAGGUGAUCGGGAGCAACCCCGAUCCCGACAAACACAAGACCUACAUGGCCAUACAGCCGACGUCAGGCUUGCCGGUUGACCUUGCCGUCCGCUACCAAAUCAACAUGGCUCUGGGGAGCAUCAAAACCAUCGCCAACGCGGAGCGAUUCAACGAAAUGAUCUUGCCCUUGCUGUGGACCGAAAUCAGACUCUACAGCUUGCCGGACAUGCUUGCCGCGCGCUUCCGCCUCUACCUCAACACCCUGCCCGGCGUCGAGCAGGCCAUCACCUACUUCUUCUUCGUGAUGGGGGCGGCGUUCCUCGCCACCUCCGUCUACAAGUUCCUCACGUCGAAGACCGACCGGUCCUACAACACGCGGUGGAUCGAGGACGACCUCGUGCUCAACAUCGAGAAGAAGCUGUCCAGCUACAAGCCCGAGAAGAGGGCGAGCAUGACGGCCAAGGAGCUCGAGGUGUACUUUUCUAGUCUCGUGACUCCGCUGAACCAAGAGCUGUGCCCCGACGACGAGGAAGCGUGAGACUGCAGGACUUUUGUAUAUAUUUAUUUUUAAUUGUGAUGUUUACGCCUUGUGUGUGGAUAAUUUAUUUCGAUGGCCUAGAGAGGUUAGUGGAUGAGUUAACUUUAGACAAGGACUUGGUACUGUUUCGUUGUAGAGACAAGUUGUGAUAUUUAUGUCAAUUAGACUAGGGCACGCCACUAUUUAUAAUUGCUCAAUCUGUAGAUUAGGUCGGUAGGAUCACUGUCAGUAUUUUUGUAUUAAUUUUUACGAAGAUAAUAGAAGUAGUAAAAUUGAAAA